AUGGCGGUCUACAUGGAUUCUUCUGGGCUUCGGGUGGAGUACUCUAUGCCAAGGGGAAAGUGGGAGGAGCAGCUGUCCUAUUUUAUCCGUGCGCCAGGAGCCAUAAUCACACCAGAGACUUUUGAUGCAGUUAUACAGUUUGGCACAGUGCGAGGCAACCCCGUCCUGCGGCUGUUUCAUGACAUGACCUGUCUGCAUGCUCCUGCGAUUGCCGUCAGCACCUUCAGGGAGAAGGACAGCUACACCAACGACAUGCACUGCUAUCUUGCCAGUCUUGCAGACGAAUUGUCUAAGAAGUCUGACAACACAAUUCUAUACAUCCCAGUGGAGGGUCUACUGUGCAGCCCUGAGGAGGCUAGUAAGGACAAGAAGCUGGUGCAGAGAAUGGAGAUUGUCAUGAUCCACUGGACCGCUCAGAUUGAGGAGCAACUGAAUGCCCUAGAAACAGUGAAAAUGAGGGACGACUGUGGUCCGCUGCAGGAGAUAGAGUUCUGGAAGAGUCGCUCUGCUAAGCUGUUGGAGAUCUGCCAGCAGCUGCAAAAGCCAGGGGUCAAAUCCAUCCAAAGCAUCCUGCAGCUUGCCAAGACUCUGCCUGUACAGCGCUUUUGCACACUGGCCAAGAAAAUACAGGAUUGCUCUCUGCAGGCCCAAUCAAACCUGACCUACCUGUCCUUUCUGAAGGACCCCUGUGAGGAACUUGCCACCCUAAAGCCAAACCAAGUUGCCUCAAAGCUGGAACACAUCAUCAGUAUCAUUCGCAUCAUCUGGAUCAACUCCAUCCACUAUAACACCAGUGAACAGAUCACUUGUCUCUUCCGUCAGGUGUGUGACUGCCAGCAUCAGUUUGCCCGUUGGGAGGAUGGUCAACAGAGGGCUUUGCCAUGCUUCAGUGGUUGUAAGGGACCAGAGUUCGCUCACUCCCUCCUGAAGAUAGAAAACAGCUUCCAUUGUGGAUUGCAGUCCCUGUAUUCUGUUGACAAGGGCAUCCUUGAUGUCAAAAAUACCACAUGGCACAAUGAAUUCAAAAGGUUUUGUGACCUGGUAAAAAGUCUGGAAAGGAAUAUGCAGGACCUGAUCCAUUUAGCAUUUAAGGCGGUGAACACAGUUGAGGAGGGAGUUCGGCUUCUGGAUAUUUUCAGGCCAAUGUCCACACGCGAGGCCAUUAGGCACUCCACAGAAGAGAAAGCAGAGGAAGUGUACAACAUUGUCAACAAGGAGCUCAAAAUGGUAAACAAGGUGCUGAACCAGAGGAUACAGUCUCCUCCUGACCAUAUACCCUGGAUGGCAGGCCAGGUCCACUGGGUGAGGGCUCUCAAACAUCGCGUGGAUACACCAAUGGAGGUGCUUCAAAAGGCCUACUUCAUGCCUGACUCACCCUUCCGCAAGCAGAUAUUUUCCGACUAUGCCCAGAUGGUCCAGGUUUUAGAAGAGAUGGAGAGGAGGCACUUCAGUGAGUGGAGCCAGAAAUUAGACGGACAGUGCUUCAAGAAACUGGAGCAACCACUAAUGGUGCGCUCCAAGGACAAGAUUCCCAAGCUGGACAUCAACUUUGACAACAACCUGUUGAAUAUUAUUUCGGAGAUCCACUACUGGGAUCAACUAAAGUUUGAGAUCCCCCAGUGUGCUUCUGACAUUUACCAGGACAGGGAAGCUCUAAUAGGCUUGAGGGAGAGAGUACUGCUGCUGAUACGGAACUACGACAGGAUCAUAGAAAUGCUGUCUCCUGAAGAGCUGGGUCUGUUUCGGGAGAGAAUUCGUUUCAUUGAUAAGAAGAUUCAGCCGGGUCUGACCAGCCUCCUGUGGUCGUUUAAAGGAGCCUCAAACAUCUUUGCCCGUGACUGUCUCCUGCACGUUGACAAGGUUCAGGUAAUAGUUGAUGGUUACAAAGCAUCCAAUCUAUCCAUCUCCAACCUCUGUUGCCAGAUGAGUGAAGCAUUGUUGGUUGGACUGGAUGGAAAGACUGUGUACAGGAACCUGGAGUUUGAGGAUGACCAGAACGCUCACCAGCAGCGCCAACUCCAAAUACUGCGUUCAGCACACCAGGAUAUUGUUGAUAUCAUGACCCAGAUCCACAGCAUCUUUGCUAAUGAUGGAUCUGAUGUCCAGGAGCACUGGGUGACCUACACAGAGAAGGUUGACCGCAUGGUCGAGGAAGCUCUCAGAAAUAACAUCAAACUCUCUAUGAAGAAGUUAUCCAGAGCUAUCAAUGGCGAUAGCAAGACGUCGCCCAGUCCCUUGUUCAAAGUCCUUGUGGCACUGCGACAGACUUCUCCCCAACCCUCCCCAAAGGUGGAGUUCUCCCCACCUCUUGGAAAACUUGCUCAGAUUGUGAAUAUUUUGCCUCAGCUCAUCAGUAUCAUCUCCGAAUUUAAACGGCUCCCUGAACUUCUCUCCUGCAAAGAGUCUCAGGGGAAUCCCAUCCAUGUCAGCAUAGAGCAAGACGAGGAGAUAAAAAAGAUUCAGGCUGCAGUCGCUGCAGGGAUGACAGCCAAUGCCAGUAAUCUGCAGGCCUAUUUGAAGACUUGGGACAAAUACAGGAACAUCUGGGAGACCAAUAAGGACUCCUUCAUAGGACGCAGCCAAAGACUUAACCUACCAGUUUCGGCUUUUGAUGCUGAUAUACAAAGUUAUGCAGAAUAUGCAAACAGUGUACAACAGGAAGAGACAGUGUUUAACAUUCGAUUUGUCAUGCUGGAUUGUUCACUGCUGAAGUCCUCCUUGGUGCAGCACUGCAAUGAAUGGCAAACCAAACUUACUCAGGUUCUCAGUGACAUGGCCAGCACCCGACUAAAAGAACUUCAAGUCUACAUGCAAGACAACACCAACAGGAUCCAGCAAUCUCCCCAGACACUGGAGGAGCUUGGUGAGAGCCUAAAGCUCUUGGAGACUCUCCAGGGCAAUUUGGCCAAGACAGAGGCUCAGAUUCCUCUCAUCCAUGAACAGUUUGCAAUCCUGGACAAAUAUGAAGUCCCAGUGAAACAGGCCGUGCAGGAAAUGCGGGAUGCGCUGAAUAAGGAGUGGGAUUGGUUCCAGCAGGUGUUGAUUGACAGUGAUAUCAUGCUGCAGAAGCAGAAGGAAAAGUUUAAGAACAACCUCAUUCUCUCCUCUGAAGAGUUCAAGAAGAAGAUUGAAAUUGCAGUACAGGACUUCAACACCAAAGGUCCAUUACACAGUGCUCUGAGCACUGAGUUGGCCUUAAAGCAAAUUGCAGAGAUUCGCAACCAACUUGAGACUCUAAAACAGGAAGAGAACAGCAUCUUCAAUGGGCUGGGCUUCUUCAAAAUAGAACAGCCUCCUUCCAAAACCAUCCGGACGUUGGAGAAGGAUAUAGACCAACUGCAGCAGGUCUGGGACAUCACAGAGGAAUGGAAUAGCAACUGGAACAUCUGGAAGGUUGGCCAGUUUGCUACGCUACAGACAGUCACCAUGGAAAGCACAGCUCAGGACCUGUUCAAAAAACUCCACAAACUCCAGAGAGAUCUCAAGGAUAAGGAGUGGGACGUUUUAGAUUUCUCCAGAAAGAGAAUUGACCAGUUCAAGCAAAUCAUCCCUGUCAUUGCUGAUCUGAAGAACCCAGCCAUGAGAGACAGGCACUGGAAUCAGAUCUGUGAGGAGCUGCAGUUCUCUUUGGACCCAACCAGUGCUGAAUUCACCCUGGAGAAGAUCAUAUCACUGGGUCUUGACAAAUAUCCUGACAAAAUCUGUGAGAUCUCUGGAGCCGCCAGCAAGGAGCUGUACAUAGAACAGAGUCUGGAAGCCAUUACCAAGACAUGGGAGGAAACAGACUUGGACAUUGCACCUUAUAAAGAUAAAGGCUACUACCAACUGAGGGGCACGGAUGAGCUUUUCCAGGUCCUGGACGACAAUCAGGUUAUACUGUCCACAAUGAAGGCAUCUCGGUUUGUCAAAGCCUUCGAGCAGGAGGUGGACCGCUGGGUACGCCAGCUGUCACACGUACUGGAAGUCACUGAGAUGAUUCUUAAUGUGCAACGUCAUUGGAUUUACUUGGAGAACAUUUUCCAAGGAAAGGACAUCAGGGAGCAGCUGCCUCAAGAGUGCAAAGACUUUGAAGAUGGAAGUUCUAGUUGGAAAACCAUAAUGGACCAUCUUCACAAGGAUAGCAAUGCCUUGCGGGGAACACACCACCCCGGCUUGCCAGAGAAGCUCUCAGAGAUGAGUGCAAAGCUGGAGGAAAUCCUGAAGGCCUUGGACAUGUACCUGGAGACCAAGAGGCAGAUCUUCCCAAGAUUCUAUUUCCUGUCCAAUGAUGAUUUACUAGAGAUUCUGGGACAGUCACAGAACCCAGAAGCCAUGCAGCCUCACAUGAAGAAGUGCUUCGACAACAUCAAGAGCCUGGGCAUUAAAAAGGUGGGCAGUAAAUCAGAAGCUUUGGAGAUGUACUCCGCUGAUGGAGAGUGUGUUUCGUUGAGCUCUGGAGUGCAGCUGGGCAGACCUGUGGAGGUUUGGCUGUGUGACAUUGAGAAGUGUAUGCAUAAUACACUGAAGGGCUCUCUGAGCAACUGCCUCGCAAAUCUGAGGAGGAUAAAAGGACCACGAGACAAAUGGGUCGAUGAAUUUCCAGGACAGAUGCUCAUCACAGCUAGUCAGAUCAAGUGGACCUCUGAUGUCACUGAAGCACUCAUUGCCAGCAAGGAGAAAGGUGACAAAUCUUCGCUUAAGUCAGUGAAGACAAAGCAGGUCGCCAUGCUUAAGUGCUAUUCAGAAAUGAUUCGCAACGAACUGACCAAAGUCCUACGUCUGAAGAUCGUAGCACUGGUCACAGUAGAGGUUCAUGCCCGGGAUGUUAUCAAUAAGCUGGCCAAGGCAGGCUGCAAUGAUGUCAAGGCCUUUGAGUGGUUAUGCCAACUGCGACUGUACUGGGACAAGGUAAGUGACUGCGUAAUCCGACAGACCAACACACAGUUCAAGUACGGCUACGAGUAUCUGGGCAACUCAGGACGACUCGUCAUCACUCCUCUCACUGACAGGUGUUAUAUGACUCUGACCACAGCACUCCAUCUCCACCGAGGGGGCUCUCCUCAAGGCCCUGCUGGUACGGGAAAGACGGAGACGGUAAAGGACUUAGGCAAAGCUCUCGGCAUGUAUGUCAUCGUGGUCAACUGCUCUGAAGGACUGGAUUACAAAUCAAUGGGACGCAUGUACUCUGGCUUGGCACAGACAGGAGCUUGGGGAUGCUUUGAUGAGUUCAACCGUAUCAACAUUGAGGUGUUGUCGGUGGUGGCCCAGCAGAUCCUUUCCAUUCUGUCUGCCCUCUCAGCCGGAAAGUCCAAGUUUCAUUUCCAAGGACAGCACAUACAACUGGUCUCCACAUGUGGCAUCUUUAUCACCACGAAUCCAGGAUACGCUGGUCGCACUGAGCUUCCUGACAAUCUCAAGUCCAUGUUCAGACCUAUCUCCAUGGUGGUGCCAGACUCUACUCUGAUUGCAGAGAUUCUGCUGUUUGGUGAGGGCUUCAACAACUGCAAGCUCCUCGCAAAGAAGGUAUUCACACUUUACUCCCUGGCAGUGCAGCAGCUAUCAAAACAGGACCACUAUGAUUUUGGUCUUCGUGCACUCACCUCCUUGCUUCGCUAUGCUGGAAAGAAGCGCCGCUCUUGCCCCACAGUUCCUGAUGAAGAAAUCCUGCUGAUGGCUAUGAAGGACAUGAACAUUGCUAAACUCACCUCUGCUGAUGUGUCGCUGUUCAAUGGGAUCAUCCAAGACUUGUUCCCUGCUGUGGAAACACCCAUUAUUGACUAUGGCCAGUUAAAGGAAGCUAUUGAAGCAGAACUUUGUCAGAGCGGCUUACAGGUGACUCCUUUUACCACGACCAAAGUCAUCCAACUUUAUGAGACCAAAAACUCUAGGCACUCCUCCAUGCUGGUGGGCAAGACAGGAAGCGGUAAGAGUGUUACCUGGAGGACGCUGAAGAACGCCCUCACUGCCCUGCACCACAAGGGAAUGCCUGAGUUUCAGCUGGUCCAGGAGUAUCCUCUGAAUCCCAAAGCAAUGAGUCUGGGAGAGCUGUAUGGAGAAAAUAACCUCUCUACGAACGAGUGGUGUGAUGGAGUUCUGUCUUCCCUCAUGAGAUCAGCAUGCGCAGAUGAGAAACCAGAUGAGAAGUGGAUCGUGUUUGAUGGGCCUGUGGACACGCUGUGGAUAGAGAGCAUGAACUCCGUUAUGGAUGACAACAAGGUGCUCACACUUAUCAAUGGAGAGAGAAUCUCCAUGCCGGAGCAGGUGUCUCUUCUGUUUGAGGUAGAGAACCUGGCAAUGGCCUCUCCAGCUACAGUGAGUCGCUGUGGAAUGGUCUACAAUGAUUAUGCCGAUCUAGGAUGGAAGCCUUUUGUUCAAUCCUGGCUGGACAAGCGAAACAAAAAUGAAGUAGAACAUUUGAAGGGUUUGUUUGAGAAAUACAUAGAGAGCACACUGAACUUUAAGAGGAACAACUGUAAGGAGCUGAUCCCCAUCACUGAACUCAAUGGUGUCACCUCUCUUUGCCGCCUCUAUGACUCCCUGGCUACAUCCAGUAAUGGGGUGGAUAGGUCGGACACAGAAAACUUGGGUAGGAUUGUGGAACUGUGGUUCAUCUUCAGCCUCAUCUGGUCCAUCUGUGCGUCUGUUGACGAGGAUGGACGCAAGAAGAUGGACAACUUCUUACGGGAGACAGAGGGCACCUUCCCUGGCAAGGACACUGUCUAUGACUACUAUGUGGAUGAAAAGAAAAAGAACUGGGCUCUUUUUGAAGACAAGCUACCAAAAGGCUGGCGCUACAAUGCUACCGCUCCAUUCUAUAAGAUCAUGGUUCCAACAGUGGACACAGUUCGCUACAACUUACUGGUCAAGGCUCUGGUGUUGAGUCAGUACCCGGUGCUGCUCACUGGGCCGGUGGGUACCGGUAAAACCUCCGUAGCCCAGAGUGUCCUGCAGGAGUUGGAUAACAAGUGGACUUCCCUCACUAUCAACAUGUCUUCACAGACCACCUCUCAUAACAUCCAGGCCAUCGUGGAGAGCCAAAUAGAAAAGAGAACCAAAGGAGUGUUUGUGCCAGCAGGUGGGAAGCGACUGCUGUGCUUCCUGGAUGACCUCAACUUGCCAGCUCAUGACCUCUUUGGCUUUCAGCCACCGCUGGAGCUGCUGCGCCUCUGGAUUGACUAUGGCUUCUGGUAUGACCGCCAGAACCAGAGCCUAAAAUUUGUCAAGGACAUGUUCUUGCUGGCAUCCAUGGGGCCCCCUGGUGGAGGGAGGACUCACAUCUCUGCCCGCUUACAGAGUCGAUUCAACCUCAUCAAUGUGACCUUUCCUAAUGAGUCACAGAUCAAGUGCAUCUACAGUACCAUGAUCAAACAAAAGCUGCAGGAGUUCAAGGAGGAGGUGAAGCCCAUUGGAGAGGUUCUGACUCAGGCCACUUUGGACCUGUAUUAUGCUGUCACUUCUCGUUUUCUUCCAACUCCAGCCAAGAUACACUACCUCUUCAACAUGAGGGAUAUCUCCAAGGUGUUUCAGGGCCUGCUCAGAGCUAACCCAGACUUCCAGGACACCACUAACAGCCUUACUAGACUGUGGAUUCACGAGUGCUUUAGGGUUUUCUCGGAUCGUCUUGUAAAUCGCAGUGACAUGGAUACCUUUGUUGCUUUGUUGGGGGAAAAACUGGGUUCACUCUUUGACCUCACAUUCCACAGCAUCUGCCCAAAUAAACAACCACCUAUAUUUGGUGAUUUCAUGAAUGACUCUUCUGUCUAUGAGGACCUGCUAGACAUGAAGGGUCUAAAAAAGUUCAUGGAAAUGCAGCUGGAGGACUACAACCUGACACCUGGUGUAGUGCCCAUGAGCCUGGUGCUCUUCCAAGAUGCCAUCAAACACAUAACCCGUGUUGUACGGGUCAUCAGUCAGCUCAGGGGCAACAUGCUGCUGGUUGGUGUUGGGGGUUCAGGCAGACAGAGUCUGUCUAAGAUCGCCGCCUACAUCUGUGAGUACCAGGUGUUCCAGGUGGAAGUCACCAGGCAGUACCGCAAACAGGAGUUUCGAGAAGACAUCAAGAAGCUGUACCGUUUGACUGGAGUGGACAACAAGCCCACAGUGUUCCUUUUUAAUGACACCCAGAUCGCCGAGGAAUCCUUCUUGGAGGACAUCAAUAACAUCCUGAGCUCUGGAGAGGUGCCUAACCUCUACAAGCAGGAUGAAUUUGUUGAGGUUUGCAAUGCUCUGUCAGAGUCGGCCAGGAAAGACAAGGUGGUGGAGACGCCUGACUCGUUGUUCAGCUACUUGAUUGAGCGAGUCAGGAACAACCUGCACGUAGUUCUGUGUAUGAGCCCAGUGGGAGAAGUCUUCAGGAACCGCAUCCUCCAGUACCCAGCACUUGUCAACUGCACUACCAUUGACUGGUUCUGUGACUGGCCCAAAGAUGCCCUGCUGGAGGUAGCUGAGAGGUACUUGGACGGACUGGACCUGGGCUCCUUAGAGGGGAUCCAGACAAAGGUUGCCAGUAUCUUUGUGACCACACACCAGUCAGUGGAACAAGUCUCCCAAAGGAUGAAAUUGGAGCUGAGGAGAAAUAAUUGUGUGAUGCCCACCAACUACCUGGAACUGGUGUCUGGAUACAAGAAGCUGUUGGCAGAGAAACGGAGUGAGUUGGGGGAGCAGGUGAACAAGUUGCGUAACGGCCUUUUCAAAGUCAACGACACUCGAGAGAAAGUGGAGGCCAUGUCUGUGGAGCUUGAGGACGCCAAAACGCAGGUGAUUGAGUUCCAGAAGCAGUGUGACGAAUACUUGUCCGUCAUUGCACAACAAAAGGGAAAUGCCAACAAGCAGCAGAAGACGGUGAGCGCUGACAGUGAAAAAUUAACAGAAGAGUUACUGUGUAAAAGUAUGGCUGACAAUGCACAGCGAGACCUGGACGAGGCUCUACCUGCCCUGGAAGAGGCCAUGAAGGCUUUGGAGUCUCUGAAUAAGAAGGACAUGACAGAGAUCAAGUCGUAUGGCCGUCCUCCAGCAUUGGUGGAGACAGUGAUGCAGGCUGUUAUGACUCUUCAGGGCAAAGAGCCCACCUGGGUGGAGGCCAAAAGACAACUGGGUGAGUCCAACUUCAUCAAAACCUUGAUUAAUUUUGACAAGGACAAUAUAUCAGACAGUGUUUUGAGGAAGAUCGACAACUACUGCAAACAACCGGACUUCCAGCCCGAGAUCAUUGGCAAAGUAUCACUUGCUGCCAAGUCCCUCUGCAUGUGGGUCAGAGCCAUGGAGAUGUAUGGCCAUAUCUACAGGGUGGUAGAGCCAAAGCGGGCCCAGCUCAAUGCGGCCAUGGCCCAGCUAGAAGAGAAACAGACUGCACUGGCUGAGGCCCAGAGCAAACUACGAGAGGUAGGAGAGAAACUAGACCAACUGAAAAAGCAGCAUGGUGAGAAGCUGGCAAUGAAGAGGAGUUUGAAACAGAAAUCAGAUGAGAUGGAGAUGAAACUGGACCGAGCUGACAAACUGGUGACUGGACUUGCUGGAGAGAGGGUCUGCUGGGAGGAGAGAGUCGCUGGUCUUGAAGAAAACAUGGGAUACCUGGUGGGAGACUGUUUGCUAGCAGCAUCUUUCCUGUCCUACAUGGGACCCUUCCUUUCCAACUAUAGAGAUGAGCUGCUUGCCAUUUGGAUGAAAGAGAUACUGGACUUAGAGAUCCCAUGUACACCAGGAUUCAAUUUAGCAGUUUUUCUGUCCAAGCCGACACUAGUGAGAGAUUGGAACAUUCAGGGUCUGCCCUCUGAUGCAUUCUCUACUGAGAACGGAGUUAUUGUCACCCGUGGAAACCGAUGGCCACUGAUGGUGGACCCUCAAGGCCAAGCUUUGAAGUGGAUCAAGAAUAUGGAAAUGAAGAAGGGUCUGAAAUUAAUAGACUUUCAAAUGCCAGACUACCUGCGGGUGCUAGAGAGUGCCAUCCAGUUUGGGAAUCCUGUUUUGCUACAGAAUGUCCUGGAGGACUUGGACCCCUCCCUUAACCCCAUUCUCAACAAGUCUCUGACACGAAUAGGGGGCAGGCUGCUGUUGAAGCUGGGAGAUAAGGAGGUGGAAUACAGUCCAGAGUUUCGGUUCUACAUCACCACCAAGCUGUCGAACCCUCACUACCCACCAGAGAUUUCUUCUAAGACCACUAUCGUCAACUUUGCUGUCAAGGAGCAGGGUCUGGAAGCCCAGCUACUGGGAAUUGUGGUGCAUAAAGAACGUCCAGAGCUACAAGAACAGAAGGACUCAUUGGUGAUCAGCAUUGCCUCUGGCAAGAAAAGCUUGCAGGACCUGGAGGAUGAGAUCCUUAGACUGUUAAAUGAGGCAACUGGCUCACUACUAGAUGAUGUGCAGCUGGUAAACACCCUGCAGACAUCAAAAGUGACAGCCAAUGAAGUGUCAGAGCAGCUGGAGAGCAGUGAACAGACUGAGCUGAAGAUCGACUCUGCGAGAGAGGCGUACCGCUCAUGUGCCCAACGAGCCUCCGUUCUCUUCUUCAUUCUAAACGACAUGAGCCACAUUGACCCCAUGUACCAGUUCUCUCUGGAUUCCUACAUUAACCUCUUCAACCACAGUAUCGAAAAGAGCAAGCCCAGCCAGAUUCUGGAGGAAAGGAUUGCUAACCUAAAUUACUACCACACAUAUGCAGUGUACAGGUACACGUGUCGGAGUCUGUUUGAGGUUCACAAGCUGCUCUUCAGCUUCCAGAUGUGUGCCAAAAUCCUGGGGGUGGCUGGCCAACUCAACAUGGAUGAGUACAACUUCUUUCUCAGAGGAGGACUUGUACUUGAUAAACAGGGUCAGAUGACUAACCCGUGUACCAGCUGGUUGGCAGACUCUUGCUGGGACAACAUCACAGAGCUGAAUAAGUUGCCUAACUUCUGUGGCAUCGUGAAGUCCUUUGAACAGCACUCUCGAUUCUGGAACCUUUGGUUCACCAACUUAGAGCCAGAGAAUGCCUCACUACCAGGUUACUGGCAGACGAACUGUAAUCCAUUCCAGAAGAUGCUCAUAGUACGCUCUCUACGUCAGGACCGUGUUUCUUUCUGUGUUGCCUCCUUCAUUGCUAAGCACCUGGGCGCUCGCUUUGUGGAGCCGCCUGUUCUCGACAUGAAGGCUGUUGUGGAGGAAUCCACCAGCAGUACUCCUCUGAUCUUUGUUCUGUCUCCUGGAGUGGACCCUACAGGUGCCCUGCUGCAACUGGCUGAGGCCUCUGGCAUGAGCAAGCACUUCUAUGCUCUCUCUCUGGGCCAGGGACAGGCUCCCAUUGCCAAGAGCAUGAUAGAGGAGGGCGUAAAGAGCGGUCAUUGGGUGUUCCUUGCCAACUGCCACCUCUCUCUCUCAUGGAUGCCGGAGCUGGACAAGUUGAUUAAGCAGCUACAGGUGCAGAAGCCCCACAAGAACUUCAGACUCUGGCUCAGCUCUUCGCCACAUCCCGAAUUUCCCAUUAGCAUCCUGCAGGCUGGCAUCAAGAUGACCACUGAGCCACCAAAGGGAGUUAAAGCCAACAUGAAGCGUCUGUACCAGCUGGUGACUGAGGCUCAGUUUAACUGCUGCUCAAGACCCGUAUUCUACAGGAAGCUCCUCUUCUCCCUCUGCUUUUUCCACAGCAUCCUGUUGGAAAGGAAGAAGUUUCUGCAGAUGGGUUGGAACAUUGUUUAUGGCUUCAAUGAUUCAGACUUUGAGGUGAGCGAGAGUCUGCUGAGUCUGUACCUCAAUGAAUAUGAAGAGAUUCCCUGGGAUGCACUGAAGUACCUCAUCGCUGGGGUCAACUAUGGUGGUCAUGUGACAGACGACUGGGACAGACGUCUUCUAACCACAUACAUCAACGACUACUUCUGUGACGCUGCUGUAAACGAGCCUCUCUUCAAAUUAUCAUGCUCAGCCUCCUACCACAUCCCCCGCGACGGCCCCCCAUCCUUGUACAUGAGCUAUAUCAACGUGCUGCCACCCACGGAGCACCCUGAGGUGUUUGGGCAGCACACCAAUGCCGACAUUGCAAGUCAGAUCGCUGAGACCAGGACGCUGUUUGACACCCUGCUCUCCCUGCAGCCCCAGGUCUCCAGCCCCACCUCGGGGGGCAGGCCCAGUAGAGAAGAUAAGGUAUUAGAGCUGUUGACAGAUGUUCGUAAGAAGAUCCCAGCACCGAUUGACUACGAAGGCACCAGGUCCCUCCUCCAGGAAAACCCUACACCUCUCGAUGUGGUCUUGCUGCAAGAGAUCCAGAGAUACAACUCUUUGCUGAACACCAUCACCUCAUCCCUGGUGGAGCUGGAGAAGGGGAUCAAAGGCUUUGUGGUGAUGUCACCCAGCAUGGAGGAAACCUUCAACUGCAUCUAUGAUGCCCGUGUACCACCGCUGUGGGAGAAGGCAUACCCCUCACUGAAGCCUCUGGCAGCUUGGACCAGGGAUCUUUGCCAGCGAGUCGAUCAGUUUGCACGCUGGGCAGAGACGAUGCAGCCCCCCAACUUGUUCUGGUUGUCCGGCUUCACCUUUCCCAACAGCCUACUCACCGCUGUGCUACAGUCCUCUGCUCGACAACACAACAUAUCAGUUGACACACUGUCCUGGGAGUUUAUAGUGUCCACUGUGGAUGACAGCCUUUCCCCUCCUAAGGAUGGAAUAUUUGUCAGAGAUUUGUACCUGGAGGGAGCUGGUUGGGACAAGAAGAACUCCUGUCUGGUGGAAGCUGAACCCAUGCAGAUGGUCUGUCCCAUGCCCACCAUCCACUUUAAACCAGUGGAAAACCGCAAGAAGAUGGCUAAGAAUAUGUACCUGUGUCCGUGUUACUACUUCCCGGUGCGUUCUGGUGUGGCAGGACGAGCCUCUUUUGUGGUCGCCGUUGACCUCAGAUCCGGAGCUGUGAGUCCAGAUCACUGGAUCAAGAGAGGGACUGCUCUUCUCAUGAGCCUGGACAACUGA